AUGUCUCUUGAAAAGUUAAAAACUGAGCGCAAAAACAGCAAAUCUGGUCUAACGAGAGCCAUAAAUUGGUUAAGUAAUAAUCAAGAUACAAUCACUGAUAUUAGUCAAGUUCAAAUUCGUCAAGAAGGUUUAAAAAAACAUUUUGAUAGAUAUAAUGUGGCUCAAGACCAAAUUGAGGGUUUUCCUCAGGCUUCUUCUACCGAGGAAGAUGCUGAUAAGGAAAAUAGGCUAGAAACUGAAAAUAAAUUCUAUGAUACUCUUGCUCAAUAUGAAAAUUGUAUUAAAAAAUUGUCUGUUUCAACUCUACAAAAUGUAAACUUACCCCAGGAUACCUCACAUAGAAUUGCAGGUGUAAAAUUACCCCAUUUUACCAUAGCGCCCUUUAAUGAUGCCAGCUUAGCUGCUUAUGGAGCAUGCAUAUAUCUUCGUGUUAUUUACUCUGACAACACGGUCACAUGCAAUUUGAUUUCAUCCAAAUCAAAAGUUGCUCCGAUUAAGAGUAUUUCACUUCCCAAACUUGAAUUGUGUGGCAUCGUUCUAUUAGCUAAGCUUACUCAGAGAAUAGUAAAGAGUUUUGAAAAGAAUCUUAAAUCAAAAAUUACCUCUAUAAAUCUAUGGUCUGACUCGCAAAUAGCUCUCGCUUGGUGUAAAAGUCACCCUAGUAGGUGGACUGUAUUUGUAGCUCAUCGAGUAUCCCUAGUUCAGGAUCUUACUUCUGAUUGUGUGUGGCGAUACAUUAAAUCGUCCGAGAAUCCAGCAGAUAUGUUAUCUAGAGGACUAUUUUCUCAAGACAUUUUAAAAUCUGGAUUUUGGUUUCACGGGCCAAAGUUCUUAAAUUCGAUGGAUUUAAAUUUGAAAACCUUUGAUACUCCCUCCAAAGAAACUAAUCUUCCAGAAGAACGAAAGGUUAAUUUACACGUAGUAGAAACCUUUUCGUCUCGACAAAGUGGAUUCUGGCAUGAUUUGUUUUUAAAGUUUUCGAGUUUUUCUAAGCUUCAACGAGUAAUCGCAUACAUUUUGCAUUUUAUUCAUAACUCCAAAAAUAAAUUAAGUAGAUCUGAUGGCGCUCUGACAGUCACAGAACUUAGUUCGGUUCUUCAACUAAUAGUUCAGAUACUUAUGAAAAAAUAUUUUUCUAAAGAAAUCUGUGAGCCUAAAAGUAAUAAGCCUCUCUCUAACAAGAACUUAAUUUUCCUAAAACCCUUUGUGGACUCUUUUGGCAUUCUAAGAGUUGGUGGUAGGUUGGAUUAUGCUGAAGUCUCUUACGAUCAAAAACAUCCAAUCCUUCUUCCAGCAAACGAUUAUGUCGUCUCUCUCAUGCUUUCACGUGAACAUAAACGCUUAGGUCACGCUGGGCCGCAAAACGUACUCUCCAAUUUCAGACUUAGAUUCUGGCCCUUAAAUGGCCUGCGCCAAAUUAAACGCUUAAUUAGGAAUUGCACAGUCUGUUUUCGAUUCAAUGCCCAGACAAAUCAGCAAAUUAUGGCUAGUCUCCCAAUAGAAAGAAUAACAAUUUCACGACCCUUUCAAAAAGUUGGUGUAGAUUUUGGAUCCUCAAGGCUUCGAAAAGCCAAUGUUAUUAAAGGUUACAUUGCUCUAUUCGUGUGUAUGUCCACAAAAGCCGUUCAUCUUGAGAUUGUCUCAAGUUUAUCUACUGAAGCCUUUCUAAUGACAUUUAAACGAGUUAUUUCUCGAAGAGGCAAUCCCACAGUUGUGUUCAGUGAUAAUGCAACCAAUUUUGCAGGCGCAAGAAAUCAAUUAAGAGAACUGUACGAGUUUUUCCGAAUUGACAAACAAUAUGAUGCUUUGAAGACGUUUCUAACUCAAAACGAAACCGAAUGGAGGUUUAUUCCCCCUCGAUCUCCUCACUGGGGAGGUAUCUGGGAGUCCGCCAUUAAAAGCACAAAGUAUCACCUAUACCGAAUUAUGAAGAAUUCUCAGUUUACGUUUGAAGAGUUUAGUACUAUUCUUUGCCAGAUAGAGGCUAUUUUAAAUUCUCGGCCGCUUUGCUCUAUGUCUAACGAUCCCUCUGACUUCUCAUUAUUGACCUCUGGUCAUUUUUUAAUAGGUACGUCCCUAACGGCCUAUCCUGAAAAGGACUUAAAGAAAAUUCCCGAAAAUAGACUCUCUUUUUGGCAGAGAUGUUCACAGAUUCAACAAAUUUUUUGGAAACGAUGGACUGUAGAGUACCUAAAUCGUCUCCAAAAUCGACCAAAAUGGUUUAGGUCAUCCAAAAAUCUCGAAGUUAAUGAUUUGGUCCUCCUCAAAGAGGAUGAAACUCCCCCUCUUAAAUGGCCUCUAGCUAGAGUGACUGAGGUUAUGAAGGGUGCAGAUGGAAGAGUCAGGGUGGUUAAACUCAAAAGUACUGACGGAUAUUAUACCAGACCUAUCACAAAGGUCUGUCCGCUACCCGAAGAAAACGUUCAAGUUUCUCUUACUGAAUCUGAUAAAUAA